GGGUUGGAGCGGGAGGCGGGCGGCGCCGCGGGGGCCGCUCCGGAGCCCGCCCCGCCAUGUCCGAGGCGUAUUUCCCUGUGGGCCCUGGGCUGGGCCUGGAGGAGAACUUUCUGUCGCUGGAUGACAUCUUGAUGUCGCAGGAGAAGCUGCCGGGACGCGCCGAGAGCGCCCUGCCCCGCCUGGCGUUCGCGCUGGGCCAGGGGGCCGGCACUGCCGACACCAUCCCGGAGGGAUCAAAGCUGGAAAUACCUCUGUGGCUUGCUAAAGGUCUACAUGACAGCAAGAGAAGAAUCAUUUCUGUGGAACUGCCAAAGAUUUACAAGGAAGCCUGGAGGACGGUGUUCAGUGCUGAUGCCAAUGUGGUUGAUCUGCAUAAAAUGGGGCCAUACUACUAUGGAUUUGGCUCCCAGCUCCUGAAUUUUGAUAAUUCAGAAAAUCCUGAGAUAGCUCAGACUAUCCUGCAGACCUUUAUUAGCCGUUUUCGUCGUAUCAUGGACUCCUCUCAGAAUGCCUACAACGAGGACACGUCAGCACUGGUGGCUCAGCUGGAUGAACUGGAGAGAGCCUUGUUUCGAGCUGGCCAGAAAGGGCUGAAUGACUUCCAGUGCUGGGAAAAGGGACAAGCUUCACAAAUCACAGCUUCCAGUCUGGUCCAGAAUUAUGGGAAAAGAAAGUUCACAGAUAUGGAUGGUUAAAAGCCUGAAGGAGAUGCAGCUAGAGUGGGGGAAACUGGGGUAUUCACAAUCUGUGAAUGGAUGAUGAAGAUGAAUGAGCUUUGAGGAAGGACAGGCUCCAUAUCUGUUAAUGGAAGUUUUUCUCUAAUAACAUCUUCUGUUAGACCAGUGCAAAUGUUAAAGGCAGGGAUAUAAAAAGAUAGAUUGCAGCACAUCCCUGGAUAACUUUACAGCUCACUCAUACUACUCCUGAGGAUUUCCUGUUAAAGUUUUUGCUUGGUGGCUGAAAGGUUAUGGGAGGAUUUUCUAAAAGGGUAAUUAAUAUUGAUUAUUCUUUAUCUUCCAAACUGAUAUAUACAAUACAGGAUCUAUUUGAAAAAAAAAAGUGCAAUUUACUUCAAAAAGUGUACGUCAUCUUGCCCUUCCCAUUCCAGCUUCCUGAGAACAGCUGCUUCCAUGUUACCCAAUCUUUGAAGAGCCCCAAUGAUAUGAAAAAAAGAAAGUGGUACAAACUGCAUUGACUUUUUUCCAUUUCUUAUACAUGAGGGUGGAACCAGGUACUCCUUGUGAGGAAGGAAUGUUUUUCUUUGCUUACACAGUCUUGGUGCCCCAGAUAAAAAUACCUUCUCAAACCUAUGUGGCAAGCAAGGUGGUCGAGCAGAUCUCACAUGCUGCCUCAUUCUCUCUCUCUUUUGGCCCUUGUGGACUUGAUGCUGCAGGUGAUGGAGAACAUUCUUGUUUAAUGCAAGUGGGUGCAUCUCUCUGAUGGCUGUUAAACUGCUCUGCUUGUUUUACAGAGGAGGCAACAGAGUUAGCCUUGGACUGGAUCAGAAGCAGCGACUUUAAUGGAAACUCUUUCGCAUUACCAGCCUCUGAGCUUCUCUUUUCCCAUGAGAAAUUCUUCUGGUAACUUUAUUUGGUUAACAGAAAGGACAGGGCAUAUGAACUGAGUUGCCUUCCUUCUGAUCCAUCUAAAUGAUCCUAGCAAAAUGAUCCUAUACAUGUCAUUCUUGCCUGGAGUGACUGGAGUUGGAACUUGCUAACCAGCACAGCAGUCAUCCUGUGUGGAUGCCCUUAGACCUGGAUUAGCUGAAGUCCUAUUGGAUUGGAGUCAGAAAACAGUUCUCUCUGUAGGGCGUAGUUCCUGUGGUCAUCAGGGUGGCUGUCUUUUGGAAGCAGGUAUUGGAGAAGUGGACCUUGCAGAGUAGCUGAAUGGGGAUUGUAACGAUACUGAGAGUUUCCUUUUCUGUGGGAACCACUGGGAGGUGACAGCAAGAUCCAAAUCUGGGAGGAGUUAUUGAACUUGCAGAUGCACCUGGAUAUUGGAUACUUAAACUGGAAACCUCAAGUACAAAGGGUGCGUGGCCUUUUCUUGACCAGAGGAGUGCAAGCUCUGCCUCUGGAGGUGGUGAGAGGAAGCAGUAUGGUGGCUUCACUGGUACCUUGGCACCUCCUUCUCAGCUGCAGAGGCGCAGCUGUCCUGCUGCAGGAGGCUGCUUGCAAGCUGUGCCUGACUAAAGUAUUUCAAGUAAAUGCAAGAUCAUGCACUUAAUGACACAUAACAACUUAUGCAUUUUCAUGCAGUUUUUGCCUGUUACCCGUUUCUGGAAUUUUAUGUUGAAUAAAUAUUUUGUAAGGGAA